ACCUGACCAAGGACUUUGAUGUUAACAGCGACUACAGAAGAGACCCGUCACGGAUCCACGAUCCAUGGGAUAUCAACAUGGUCACGUGUGCUCCGUGACACGAGCAUCCCAUGUGCGCGCGCGAUGUGGGUAUGUAUAAAUAAACUCCCUAAACUGGAUAGCGUGACUGCCCCUCCGCGGCUCUACCCGCGCCGCGGCCGAUCACGUCAUAGGUCCCCCUCCUCCUCCUCCUCGUGGUGGGAGAGCUAGCAGAGUUUCCUCUUCAACGAAUAUUGUGUUUCAACGUCCAACUUGAAUCUCUCCAACGACUUCUUGCUACUAGACCACCAAUUAAUCUCGAACUCAUCCAAUACUCCUCCAUCAAACCGCGAGACCGACGCCUCACGUACACCAAGAUGGCAACCAACAUAACAUGGCACCCCUCCCUCUCCCACUCCGAACGCUCAACCCUACGCAACCAGCCCGGCUUCACAAUCUGGUUCACCGGCCUGUCCGCCUCCGGGAAAUCCACCAUCGCCACCGCCCUCGAGCAACACCUGCUGCGCCACUACCACAUGGCCGCCUACCGCCUCGACGGCGACAACAUCCGCUUCGGCCUCAACCGCGACCUUGGCUUCUCCGAGGCCGACCGCAACGAGAACAUCCGCCGGAUUGCCGAGGUCGCGCGCUUGUUUGCGGAUUCCUGCACCGUGGCCAUUACGAGCUUUAUUAGUCCGUAUCGCCGGGAUCGGGAGGCGGCGAGGGCGCUGCAUGAGGCUAAGGGGCAGCCGCUGAGGUUUGUGGAGGUGUGGGUUGAUAUCAGUGUUGAGGAGGCGGAGAAGCGCGAUCCGAAGGGCUUGUAUAAGAAGGCGCGCGAGGGCGUGAUCAUGGAGUUUACGGGCGUGAGUGCGCCGUAUGAGGAGCCGGAGAGUGCGGAGAUACAUAUUCGGAGUGCCGAGGAGAGUGUCGAGGAGAGUGUGCGGAGGAUUGUGGCGUAUUUGGAGGGGGAGGGGCUGGUUAGGGUUGUGGCUUAG